AUGUCGAUCGAUGAAAAGAAAGUCCAAGCGAAAUUGAACGAUCGAUCUGUCGUGAUGAUAAAACUGUAUUCCGGGAUCGUCUUAGGUUCUCGUCUGAUCGCCGAAAUGUUCGGCAAAGAACCGCGUCUGUCCGACCGCGUCGAAAGUCACCACCACUCGAUUACGCGGUGCUAUAGUCAUUACGCUCGGUGCAGCGCCGGAAGCGAUAACUGUUGCGACGCCGGCCCGAGCUGUGGCCGCGCCAACCCACGACCGUCGGACGUCGGACGUGCGUCGUGCGAUGGCGAAGCCGCCGGCCGAACGGCCGCUUCUAGUCCGGUGUACCAGGACCAAGGCGUCAUGCAAUCCGCCCAGCCAGUGCGCGCCAGGGUGCCGGUCCCGUGCCCGUGCAGCGCCGAACCGUCCAGGAGACAGGACCGGACGGCCGACUCGAUCGAUAGUUCCAGGUUCCACACGCCCAGCCGAUCGGGACCGCCGGCGGCGCAGAUUCCUCUGAACAGGCGCAACACUUACGAUGUGCAGCCGCCACCGUGCGGUGAUCAAAACGCCCGGCGGUGUGAUUUUGACGUGGAGCCGGAGCCCCAAAACGAUCGGCGGGCCACUUACGACGUGUCGCAGCCGUGCGCAGCGCUCCGAAACGACCGGCGGGCCACUUACGACGUGUCGCAGCCGUGCGCCGCGCUCCAAAACGACCGGCGGGCCACUUACGACGUGUCGCAACCGUGCGCCGCGCUCCAAAACGACCGGCGGGCCACUUACGACGUGUCGCAACCGUGCGCCGCGCUCCAAAACGACCGGCGGAGCACCGCUUGCAGUGAGCCGCCGGCGCGAGCGUCCAGUUGCGGUUCGGGGGCGCGCAACCUGACCUUACCGUUUUCGAUGACCGGCACCAUCCAGCUGAGCGGGUUCGAAGACCUGUCGCCGGUGCGACAGCCGCCGCACAACAGGCAGUCGUCGUGCAGCGGGCUCCACGACACGGACGGUGACAUCAACGACUUCCUCGACAAUCAUCUCAACUACGACAUGGUGGCGCCGCGUGCAGUGGCCCUGCCCGGACAGCAGUACGUGCGCAUCGACGAGUCGGCGGCGAACACGACGCCCGAAGGGUGGCGCAUGACGAUCCACAACCGCAGCUCGUUGGGUUCGCAAGCGAUGGGCAUCCCGAGUCCGCCGUGCGACUUCGGCAGCUGCAGAUCGCGCAACACGUCGGCCGACCACCAUUCCCUGCCGUUCGGCCUCAACGAUUCGUUCGUCAUUGGCGCGCCGCGCGACCGCCAGUCGAGGGCCAGGUCGGCCGCGCCCGCGUGCAGCUCGUCGUCCCGCAACAACCGCAGGCGCGACACUUUCGACCGGUGCACCCGCUAGAUGAUGUGACGCCGUGAUGCGCCCGCAUCGCGCGUACUAACAUACGCACGAUGAUAAUAUUGU